UAUAUUCAUUCUCUCUUGUUAUUCUUCUCUCUAAAAGCUCUCAAUAUAUAUAAUCAAGAAAAUUCUCUCUCUCUCUCUCUCUCUCUAGUUAUUACAACAGUACGGAAGAAUAUUAACACUACUGCAGUUCCUUGUCCAAACAUCAAAGAACAAAGAUCAUUUGGUGAGCUAAAAAGGGUUGUUCAGAAUCGAAGAGGCCCCAUUAAUUUAAUUGGGAUGCGAAUAAGAGCAUCAUCAGUACUAUAGAAUAUGACCAUGAAUGAUAAUAGUAGAGAAGAAGAAGAAGAUAUGUUAUCCCUCCAAAUCGUCUCCAAAGAAAACUGCCGUAUCGGUCAACAGCAUAAUACGUCCUCGUCUUCGUCGUCUAUAAUUUGCCCUUCAUGUGGCAAAACCGUAAUACUCCAUGAUCAUAAUCAGACGGGGCUUCAAGAUUUGCCGGGACUACCGGCUGGAGUGAAGUUCGAUCCAUCGGAUCAAGAAAUUCUUCAACACUUGGAGGCAAAAGUUCUGUGUGAUGCAGAGAAGCUGCAUCCUCUUAUUGAUAAAUUUAUCCCAACAAUUGAGGGUGAUAAUGGUAUUUGCUAUACUCAUCCAGAAAAGUUACCAGGAGUAAACAAGGAGGGGCAAGUGCGUCAUUUCUUCCACAGGCCCUCAAAAGCCUAUACAACCGGGACGAGAAAACGGAGAAAAGUGCACGCAGAAGCAGACGGAAGCGAAACAAGGUGGCACAAGACAGGCAAAACAAGACCUGUUUCGACACAUUGUAACAAUAUCAGAGGCUAUAAAAAAAUACUUGUUCUCUACACAAACUACGGUAGACAAAGAAAACCCGAAAAGACAAAUUGGGUUAUGCACCAAUACCACUUAGGUGAUAACGAAGAGGAGAAAGAAGGCGAACUGGUGGUCUCCAAAGUUUUCUACCAAACACAGCCUAGGCAAUGUGGAUCAUCAAACAUCGUUAAAGAGGCAAUUAUUGACCGAAGCUGUUUCGAAAAAACCGCAGGUUUUGUGGGAUACUAUAAUAAUAACAAUAAUCCAUCCUUUAUCUCUUACAACGAAGAGGGGCAAAACACCAACAAAGACAGGGCAUCUACGAUGAUUCCGAAUUUGGUUGAUGGAUCAUCUUUUAUUCAUUUGCCUUCAAAUGCAAGCAAAGGUAAAUAAGCCAUAUAUACAUACAUCAUUAUUUAUUUUAUUGAUAUAGGCAAAAACGAUGUCGUACUAGGUUAACAGUGAUUUAUUCGUGUUCGUGAAAAUAAAACAAAAGACUGAGGAAAAUGUAAUGCAAUAAAUGGUAUAGUAGUUAAAAUUUUCGUUGGUAGUUAUUUAAUAAUUAAGUCUUUACUAAUUUAUACUUUUUACUGAUCAAUCCAAAGUCCAAAAAUGCAAUUCAAUCUAAGUCCCACAAAAUGGUAACAGUGUUAAAUGCAAUUCAAUCAUCACCACAAAAAGAUCAUAAUACAUAACCCAUAAAUAAAAGAAAAACAAAUCCUAAGCCCCAACAAA